GUUGAUAUUUUCUAAUUAGCUGUGAUCUCUCUGGCAGUUUUGCAGGAUAUUUUCUCUGUUGACCUUUUUCUUCAGUGAUAUAUAUUUCUUUAUUUGUCUGUGCUUUAUAUUUCUUGGACAUCAGCUAAUUAACUCUUUUUUUCUUUCUUGGAUACCUAUUUUUGUCUCCAUUUGAUUUCGAGCUGUAUCUUCAGCCUAUAACAUUCCCCCAAAAGAAACACUUUCAACGAACGAUAGAUAUAGAAGAAACUGUUCCAAACUGCGAUUUGGCAUUAACCACCAAAGCUGUUUCAAAAUACACAAAUUAAUAAGUUAUUUUCAAAUUUAAUUCUUCUGGAGUCGUUUUAAACACCAGAAUACAUAAUUACUCUACUGGUUCAAAUUUUAAAAAGAGAAAAUGUCUUUAGAGCUUUCAACUUCCGUUUCUAAUCAUAUCGAUGAACAUGAACUAACCAACCGGAAUAAUAUUAAUAAUAUGAAUAGUAAUAGUCAUAAUAUUCAUCCUCAUAAUAUUCAUCCUCAUAAUAUUCAUAGUCAUAAUAAUAAUCAUAACGAUAAUCAUAAUAAUAACAAUAAUAAUAACAAUAAUGACAGUAUUGAUGAUACAUAUAAUGAUGAGAGUGUGAUCUCUAACACUUCGUCUUCCACAGAUUUAUCCUCAUCAAAUAACACUUCGGAUAAUAUUGAUUAUGAAAAACUACAAUAUUUAAUAAAAAGUCAAGAUACAUUUAGAAAUUUGAAUUUGAAUCCAAAUUUUUUCAAUUACAACAACCAUUUAAAAAAGGAGAAACCUGUUUUCAUUAACAAAAUUGACAAAUAUCAAUUGAUAAUCAGUCUUUCAUUAAUAUGCUCAUUAAUACUAAUAAAUUUUUUAAUUCCCUCAUUACAUCAAUAUAGUAAAAAUUUUCUUCAUUUACAGUAUUUACAUCCAAAUCCAGCAUCCUCAUCCUCAUCAUCAUCCCCGUCAUCAUUGAAUUCAAAGUAUUUUUAUGGUAUUGGUAUAAACGACAGUUAUUUUGUGAUAUUUUGGAUUAUAAAUCUAACAUUGAUCCGAAUCAUUAUAAUGGACAUUAUAUUAAAACCAAUUGCUUACUACUAUUUCAAGAUUCAUAAAGAUAAAAACUUGCAAAGGUUUUCCGAACAAGGGUGGUCAUUGUUCUAUUACUCUAUAUCAUUUUCAUCUGGGUUUUAUUUGUAUUACAAUUCUGAUUAUUUCAACAAAUUAGACAAUUUGUACAACAGCUGGCCUAAUGAUAAGAUUUCAUUUCUGAAUAAGAUUUAUUAUUUGGUCAAUGUGAGCAAUUGGCUCCAACAGAUUUUUGUUCUUAAUAUUGAGGAAAAGAGAAAGGACUAUUUGCAAAUGUUUUCGCACCAUAUUAUAACGGUUUUAUUGAUAAUUGGAUCGUAUUAUUAUUAUUUUAUGGAGAUUGGAAAUGUUAUAUUAGUGUUGAUGGACAUUGUGGAUGUGAUAUUGUCAUUAGCCAAAAUGCAAAAGUACUGCGGAUUCAAUAAGAUUUGCGAUGUGACAUUUAUAAUUUUUUUGAUAUCGUGGAUUAUAUUGAGACACGGAUUUUAUAAUGUAUUGACGUACCAUAUAUUUCACAACUACCACAGGUUGAUGAAAGAUACCGAGUGUACUUUUGAUAGUGAUAAUAAUAGUACCAAUGAUGUUGAUCUACCAAGAUGUUGGACGGAUAAUAUUGUGAGAUCGUUUGUUGCAUUGUUAGUCGGAUUACAGAUUCUUACAUGUAUUUGGAUGUAUUUUAUUUUAAGAGUUGCAUAUAAAGUUAUAAAGGGAAAGGGAGCUGAAGAUGUUCGAAGUGACACUGAAACUGAAGAUGAUGGUAAACAUCAGCAUCAGCAUCAGCAUCAGCAUAAACAUAAGCCCCAGCAUCAACCUAGGGAUAAUGAGGGUAUUGAAAAUAUUAAUAAGAAUUAAUCAAUUGAUAUUGAGUUUAUUAAUUGAUAUGAAAUUAAUUGAUAAGAAAUUGAUUGAUUGGUUUUUUUAUUAUUUUUGUUGUUAUUUUUUUAUCUUUUUGU